CCUAUAUAAACAGCACAUUCUGUUCCUCACUGGUCGGUCCAGUACGUCGUCCAGUACGUCGUCGUCUCGGGUGAAGGUGGAGCAGAGCAGAUCGAUGGCGCUCUCUCGUCGUCGCAUGGCGGCGUCCGUCCUCCUCGUGCUGGUCCUCCUCGUCGCCACAGAGAUGGGGGCGACGAGGGUGAAGAUGGCGGGGGCGCGGGAUUGCGUGUCGCAGAGCCACAAUUUCAAGGGUGCAUGCCUCAGCAGCAGCAACUGCGCCGCCGUCUGCCGCACCGAAAACUUCCCCGGCGGCGAGUGCCACACGCCGCACGUCGAGCGCAAGUGCUUCUGCAAGAGGCCCUGCUAGUCCGUCCCGCCGGCCAGCGCCGAGACGUCCGAUCGACGCGUCCACGUUCGUCGUCACAGUUCUUACCUAGAGCUAGCAUCCGUGCCGUUAACUAGCUAUGUUCUGUUCGUCGGUGUGUUCUGCUUAGUGGAACUCUCAUAAUAAAGUAGAAAACCAAUCGGGGUCUCGGUAGUUUACUUGGCUGUACGUCGUGUUUGUGCCUGAUUUGUGUGUGGUGGUGUUAUAAAUAUGGUGGCGUUAUAUCAGCAUGGUGUGCAAUGCAUCUACCUCUCUACCCCUCUCUCUCUAUAUAUAUGUGUAAGUGUGAUCAUUUUCAAAGAGACUAUUAUUGUGACUACAACAUUUUUAUGUGACGAGACGUUUUUC